CACGAUAGAUAUGUAGCCUGGCCUGACACACAGGUAGCCAAUCGGGAGUUGAAAAAUUUCAGUUAGAGUUUGGAGUUGGGCAAUGGAGGAAAACUGCGAAAAAGUAUGCCGUGGUCUGCAAAAUACUGCUUUGGGCUUGGUGGAGCAGUAGUCUUGUCGAUUGCUUUCUUUUAUCUUAUUGAAUUUUACUUUGAGUGCAAUCAAAGUCACAUCGACCAGCUGUGCAAGGAAUAUGAUGCUGGCCAAGUCACAGGAAAUCUCUGCCAUUCCAUGUGCUCUGAGAAAUCUGUGUUGAUUAACAGAUGUUUAACUGGACAAGGAGAAAAAAAAGUUCACUCAGCAACUUGGAAUGGGAGAGAGGUUGUUCUUAAGUUCUUCACCACAUUUCAAAACUACACAAUUGAGUUACUGGAGCCGAGAUAUGAAAUUACUCAAUAUAUUCUAUCAUUAUUUGGAAGAUUUGAUCAGUGUGAAAAGUGUCAAGCUACUUUUGACCAAAUUCUAGACAUAGCUGAUGUAGACAGGGAUGGUAAACUUUCAGCAUUGGAAACAAAAUCAAUAUUGGACCUGUUACACACACCAGAGCCAAGAUUGCUAUUAAUCCUGAAUGGAAGCAAGCAUUCACCAAAUAUAUAUGGUUACUGUGGUCGUUUGUAUGCUGUUGAAAAUAUCCCACACAUUGCGGAUAUCUUGUUUGGAUUACCCAUGAGACUGGAUGACCUUUGUGCAUUGCCAUUUAUUUUGGAGCCUGUUGAGAACUUUAUAAGGUCUAUUAUCUAUAAAUACUAUAACACCUUGGAAAAAAAAUUCAUGCCAAUGCUAUCAAAAAUUCAGAUGAUAGUAUUUGUGAAUAUUCUACAACUACGAGUCCCCAAUAUAGAGGAGAGAUUCAAUUAUAUGCAUUCUGUAUUGGAUGGUCUUCUAGAGCUAAAUUCAAAUCCAUUUGGUUUGUUACAAUCUUGUGAUGUCCACAAUGGGAAUUUUGGCCUGACAGACGAUGCCCCACCUAUUGCAAAAUUCAUUGACCUGGAUUUAACAUAUACCAAGUAUACUGCUGAGGUAUACUUAGAGUCUACAUCAUGUUCUUCCAAUUCAGACUGUACUAUUGGCGACUUUAAGGAAUGUGCCAGUAAAUGUAAUACAGAAACAGGAUAUUGCAACUCAAAAUUGCUAUCUCAAGAUGUCCAGAACAUUUGUUUAGCUAUUGUAGACCCAUUGAUAUCUUAUGUCUACCAGAAUUUCAACAAGGAUCCUGUACAACUUAGAUGUUUCCAAGUUGCUGUUGAGAGCAUAAGGGAAUAUUGUGUCACAAUCCCUGUAUACGACACCUUUGAAGACCUUGUUCUCCACACUGGUAAUGUUAAGAAGAUGUUGAAGGACUUACAAGAGGGAAAGUAUCGAUGCAAUUCUAAUUAGUUUAUCAUGAAAUUGUUGUGUGAAAUUCCAGGUGUGAAGCUGAGGGGGGUGAACAGGGGACUCCUGGGAAAACCAUGGCUGUGCAUCUGAAUCAUGUAGGAUCUAGCUAGAUAACACAUCUUUACAUCUACCAAUUCUUUUUAUUAUCUUAAAAUUGAAUUGGAUUUUCUAAAUAAACAUCGAGUGCUAUUAGA